AUUACGGGAGGAGCGGCCAGUCGGGAGGCUGUCACUGCUUCUCACAUUGGCGACCCACCCGAGGCGAUGCUGUUCAAAGGUGGACUCUCACCUGCGAGAUUGCUUUAUAACUGAUGCUUUUUAACCUAUUUGGAGGAAAAAGUUUGGUUAUUUUGCCAAUUUCUUGAAAGGAGUUGUGUUUUUUAUCCUUCUUCUGGGCUUCUUAGUGUUUCUCCUGGUAUCUAUUGGAGUAAGACAUCAGAGGGAAGAUAUGGAAGUAGGUGUUUGCUGUCUUUGGAUACUUUGCAGUCUCUCACUGUCUCUGCAGUGCACGGCGCACGGCGUCCAGUCUGUUGCCAAAAUGUCGCUCGAGCCAGGAAUCGGCAAAGAGAGUCGAUACCGAUGUCUCAACAAAGACCGUCCACAUAACAGAAGCGUGGGUACUUUGUGUGGACAAAUGUGGGAUGGAUCUUUAUGCUGGGAAGAAACACCGUUGAAUACAUCAGUAACACAGAAGUGUCCUCACCAACAUCCGGGAUUUGUGACAAAACAUUGUGACCAACGGGGAAAUUGGCUCCAAAUAGAGUCCUCUUGUCCAGAAGCCUACGAGGACAGAAUUGAGGACUUUUCCAAUAUGUUCCAAGAUGAAUCAACGAAUGAACCAAACGGAAACAUAAGGAAGAAAUUACUUGAGAACAAAGAAAAAUGCCUUAAGAAAAUGAAACAAGAUCUGGCUCAGAACAAAACAGGCUUGUUCUGUAGUGCAAUUUGGGACGGUUGGCUUUGCUGGGACGAAACACCAGAGAAAACCUAUGCCAUGCAGAAUUGUCCGGAUUAUUUUCUCAACUUUCAACCCUCAGGAAAGGCAAGCAAAUACUGCGGAGAGGGUGGUGAGUGGUUCCGGCAUCCGGAGAGCGACCAAUUUUGGACCAACUACACUCUGUGCGCCAGCAAUGAGAAGACAUCAAGGAGGCAAAAACUGCUCGAGAGUGAAUAUAAAUGCCUUCUAAAAAUGAGCCAAGACCCCACCUAUUAUGAGUCAGGGCUUUACUGCAGUCGGAACUGGGAUGGAUGGUUGUGCUGGGACGAUACGCCGGCUGGAACGUACGCCACUCAACAUUGUCCGGAUUUCUUUUCAGCUGCAGAAUUCACAGACAAGGCGAGCAAGUAUUGCGGCGAAGACGGUAAAUGGUAUCGCCUCCCAGAAAGCAACAGAACGUGGACCAACUUCACACAGUGUGCCGUCGACAUUCAAGAAAAGCUGGAGGGAGCAAGCGCCCAACUCUCCGGAGACACCGAGCAAGACUUCGCAGAGGAGACCACAACCGGCCCCUUGGUGAACCAGGACCAGCAGGAGCCUGGAAGGGAUAAAAUCCUCGACAGCCAGUAUAAGUGCUUUGAGAAGAUGAAGAGUGAUCCUCCGUAUAACAAAUCAACAGAACUGCACUGCAGUCGCAACUGGGACGGCUGGUUGUGCUGGGGGGACACUCCGGCGGGUACAUACACCUCCCAAAACUGCCCCAAUUAUUUUGUCGAUUUUGACCCGACAGAAAAGGCAACUAAGUACUGUGGGGAUGAUGGGCAGUGGUUUCGCCAUCCUGACACCAACAGAACUUGGUCCAACUAUACUCUCUGCAAUGAAAACACUAAAGCGAAAUUGAAGUCAGCGUACAUCCUGUUUUACAUGGCUAUCGUGGGUCACGCCUUAUCUAUCGCCUCCCUGCUCAUCUCCUUGGCCAUCUUCUUCUACUUCAGGAGUCUGAGCUGCCAGAGGAUAACCCUGCACAAGAACCUUUUCUGUUCCUACGUGCUCAACUCGGCCCUGACUAUCAUUUACUUGGUGACUGUUGUCAACAAUCCCAAAUUGGUGGGCAGGAACCCAGUAGGGUGCAAAGUACUUCACUUCUUCCACAUGUACAUGUUUGGGUGCACUUACUUCUGGAUGCUAUGUGAAGGAAUAUACUUGCACACGCUUAUCGUGGUGGCCGUGUUUGCCGAGGAGCAGCAUUUACACUGGUACUACCUCUUAGGUUGGGGCUUUCCUCUGGUGCCUGCGUCCAUUCAUGCUAUGGCGAGGAGAACAUUUUUUGAUGACAACUGUUGGAUGAGUGUGGAAACACAUCUGCUUUAUGCAGUCCACGGUCCUAUAGUGGCGGCUCUCCUCGUAAAUCUGUUUUUUUUGCUGAAUAUCAUUCGAGUGCUGGUGACCAAGCUGAGGGACACGCACAAAGCAGAGUCCAACAUGUACAUGAAGGCCGUGAGGGCCACGCUUAUUUUGGUGCCGCUUCUGGGAAUACAGUUUGUAAUUUUUCCGUGGAGGCCUGAGAACAGGCUGGCGGGGGAGGUCUACGAGUAUAUCAUGCACAUACUCAUGCACUACCAGGGUUUACUGGUGGCAACAAUAUUCUGCUUCUUCAAUGGUGAGGUGCAGGCGGCUCUAAAGAGACAAUGGAUGCAGUACAAGACCGAAUGGGGUCAAAGACGAAAGGACCACUGCUCAAUGCGUUCCACAUCCUACACGGCCACCUCCAUUACAGAGGUGCCGCCCUUUAUGUACCACCAAGAGGGCAACAGCGAACACUUGAACGGCCGUCACGCCGACGAUCCGGAACUGGUGGCGCUGAAAGCGGGAGAGAUCCCUUAAAGCAAAAAACCCCCAAAACAAAACAAAAAAAAAAACUCCACAUGGUAGUGAAUCUCAGAGAAAAGUUUUUCAGGGGUCGAAUCGGACGGAGUCACUUUUAUCACUUUAUUGACGAUUUUUGUCACGAGGCUGCUGGCGAGGAGACGGGAAUAACUGUGAUGACAAUUUAGUUCGAAGAUGAUGAUCAACGACGAAGCCAAAGGGUACGGGAUGUUGGUGAAAGACUAAACCGGGAAAUUCUGUACGAGGGUUUAGGGUACAGUGGACUUGGAUUUGCUUAUUAGGAUUUUUUUUUAAAUUCCUUUUUCUUUUUUUGGGAAGCAAUUGACAAAAAAAGCUUGUUAAUAUUUUAUCGUCGAUUUUUGAUGAAGUAUUUAUCUUAGAAUUUAUUUUUUUUUUCCAAUGUAUUUUCAGUAACCGUCAAUUAUUUGUGGUUUUCCGCUGUAAAAAGUCUACACAUGCCAUGCUAAAUGCUAGCGAUGUUGUUAAAAAAAAAAAAAAAAAAAAAAAAUCGAAAGAGUAUGAAAUACAUUGUGGUUGCAAAAGUAUGCACACCCCGUAAUAUUCUGGGGUGGGUUCCGAACAGAUUCGCCUGCCGCCGUUAAAGUGCCUUUAAUUUACAGACCUUUUUUUUUUUUUUUUUCCAGGCAGUAUCUUCAAAUUUUUGUGCUGCCAUUGAUUAGUAUUAUGAACUGUUCAUGAUUACCUUCAUCUUAGUUUAAAAUCAUGCACUAAAAUAUUGCCUAUAAAUAAAUUAAAAAAAACUGAGAAAUUAUAAACCAAAAUGACAGAUUUCGUAACAAAUUAAAACGAAUGAAAACAUUGUCUGUGCCUUAAAAAUCAAGCGCACAAUAAAGACAGUUAAAAUAAAUAAAUAAUAUUUUAAUACAUUUUAAGUAAGGUAGGAAAAAAAAACAAUGGAUUUAAAAAAAAGAUAAAUAAUAAAAAUAAAUAAAUAAAUGAAGGAUAAAAAAAAAAAACCUUGUUUAAAAUCCACGCUCACUAAAAUAACCCUCAUUAAAAAAAUAAUAAAAAUUCAACUAAGGCCACCUUUACACGACAUCAAUGUUUCGCAAUAACGCAAAAGUGGCGUUUUACCGUUAUUUUAAUCCCGCGUUUACAUGACCAUUAUGUGUGGGGAAAACUGCGUGCAUACGGGAGCGUAAAAAUGUAGUAGUGUGAUACAACUGCAAGUAAGUAUUUGAACACCUGUCUAUCAGCAAGAAUUCUGACCCUAAAAGACCUGUUAGUCCACCUCCACUCCAUGAAUUAUGUGAAUCAGAUAGUUGUUUGAGGUCGAUAGCAGCAUAAAGACACCUGUCCACCCCAUACAAUUAGUAUGACUCAAACUAGUAACAUGGUCAAGACCAAAGAGCUGUCCAAAGACACUAGAGACAAAAUUGUUCACCUCCACAAGUCUGGAAAGGGCUACAGAGCAAUUGCCAAGCAGCUUUGUGAAAAAAGGUCGACUGUUGGAGCAAUCAUUGGACAAUGGAAGAAGCUAAACAUGACUGUCAGUCUCAAUCGGAGUGGAGCCCCAUGUAAGAUAUCACCUUGUGGCAUCUCAAUGAUCCUAAGAAAGAUGAGGAAUCAGCCCAGGACAACACGACAGGAGUUGGUCAAUGACCUGAAAACAGCUGGGACCACCGUGUCCAAGGUCACUGUUGGUAAUACACUAAGACGUCAUGGUUUAAAAUCAUGCAUGGCACGAAACCAGUACAUGGCCAGGCCUGUCUUAAGUUUGCCUAUGACCAUUUGGAUGAUGCAGAGGAGUCAUGGGAGCGAGUUUUGUGCUCAGAUGAAAGUAAAAUAGAACUUUUUAGUCAUAAUUUCACACACAGUGUUUGGAGGAAGAAGAAUGAUGAGUACUAUCUCUAGAACACCAUCCCUACUGUGAAGCAUGGGGGUGGUAGCAUCAUGCUUUGGGGGUGUUUUUCUGCGCAUGCGACAGGAUAAGUGCACUGUAUAAAAGAGAGGAUGACUGGGGCCCUGUAAUGUAAGAUUUUGAGGAAAAACCUUCCUUCCUUCAGUCAGAAUGGUAAAUGGUAAAUUGUGUUAUAUGGCGCUUUUCCACCUUUCAACAUUGAAGAUGGGUCGUGCCUGGGUCUUUCAACAUGAAAAUGACCCGAAGCACACAGCCAGGAAAACCAAGGCUCUGUAAGAAGCAUAACAAGGUUGUAAUGCUGGAAGUCCCUUUUUUUGUUGUUGUUGUUGUUGCUAUAAAUACCAGAAAGGCGUCAAAUGACCCCGAUACCAAACUGACUACUGGGCUUUGUCAAACAAUAGACCACUCAAAGAAGCAAUCGAGCAGGCCACCCCCCCACACACUCCUGCGGAGUCGCUGCCUAGGCGUGAAGGAGGGGUGGGGUUUCACUCUGGAUAGCUGCAAUGGCUUACCGCACGCAUGCUAUUUUUAGACCGUGACGUUGCAUCGUAAAGCGGAAGUAAAGUAGAAGUGGGGCAUUAUAGACCCUCCGUCGCAUAGAAACUUUCUUAAUUCUGCUACUUUUCGCCGGUAAUCUUUCAAAAACGAACAUGCUGAUCACACAUUGCUUUUUUGGAACGACUCAAGACAUUACGACAUAUGAAGGAUGUUUUUUUCAUACGUUUUCUGAAACCAAAAACUCGGUAGGAAAAAAUUUGAAAAAUGAAUCCACUUGCGCGGACUUUUAACACCAGCUCGGUGAAUCCAUUCACAUUUCAUACGCAGUAAACAUUUUGUUUAGUUGACAUGGUCUUUCAGAGGACAAAGAGGUAAGCCAUUCUGAUAUUUUUUAACUUAUUUUUAGCGUGACGUUGUGCCCUGCUGCUUCUCUCUGACAAUGAAUGACCUGAAAACAAUUAAAAUGGUAUCUGACUGCCACUGUUGCCUUUUCUGUUGUUAAAAAAACUUCAGUAAAGGGGAAGUGUAAAUAAAUUAUAAAAUUAAAAUGUGUUAUCAAUGAAAAAAUUAAAAGUUUUUGUUGCCUGUCACUGAGGAGCAUUCGCGAUCGCUACGCAAAAUAUAAGUUACCCCCAAGAACGGUCAGAGACGUAGGACAACCAGAGGAUAUAAUAUAUACGAAAGACAGGGCUGGUGGUAAAGGAUGGCUUGUUCAAACAGGAGAAUGUCAUUGUCAGUCGCCUAAGAAAAAGGUGUCGAUAAAAAAGCUAAGGCUAUGCUAAGGUCGGCUCGUUUUUCAGCCCUCUACACUCAAGUCAUCUCUUUAACUGAACAUUUUUAUGUACUUCCGAAUCUUUGCAAGUGAAAUUGGCACCAGGGACAUCAUUUUCGGAGAGAAUUGGUAGGUUUAGCUUUGCAAACAUCUCCUUCGUACACGAUUUCCAUUCAUUUCCUAUUGGCGACAAACGGUGGCGUGUCCUCCCUUAACAACAGAAGCAAACAUCAUGAAUUUUAAUGCGUGUAAGUGACGUGUUGCUUGCGGUACGCCAUUAGCAUCUUGAAUAUAAGAGACGAGUUGACUUCUUGGUGGGUUUUGCAAAGGAAUUGGCUCACUCUCAUGUGGGUGCAAAGAAGGCGCAUAAGGAAAAAUUGCUUUGGCAACAACCUCCAAACACUUAGUCCCGGGAAAAGGGGGAAGUGUCAUAUGUCACCACAUAAAAAAUGUUUUGUUUUUUUAGCAAACCGUCCCUUGUACUGCAGGCAAACUGCAGCUUUGGGAAUAUGUAAAAAGGUUGUCCACCUGAUUGCCUGCCUGAGCGGUCCACAAAAGAAAUGCUGAUUAGGGUCAGAUGAUCUUUCUCUGGAUACAAAAGGGAUUUGUAUCAACUUAUCCACCCUUGGUAGUUCUAGUGCUAACAUGGCCUAGCCUGGAAAACCUUUGGAGGGAUCUUAAACUCCGUGCCUCUCAGCAACAGCCCUGAAACCUGACUGAUGGGUGGGCCAAGAGCCCUCCCGCAGUGUGUGCAAACCUGGUGAAAACUACAGGAAACGUUUGACCUCUGUAAUUGCAAACAAAGGCUACUGUACCAAAUAUUAACAUACUUAUUUGCAGCUGUACCACACAAAUAAAUCAUUCAGAAAAUCAUACAUUGCGAUUUCUGGAUUUUUUAGAUUUUCUCUCUCACAGUGGACAUGCCCCUACGAUGAAAAUUUCUGACCCCUCCAUAAUUUUUAAGUGGGAGAACUUGCAAAAUAGAGGGUUAUUCAAAUACUUAUUUUCUUCACUAUAUUUUAGAGCAUUAUCGCCACCUACUGUUUCGGAGUACGGAAGUCAGCUUUUGACCGGCGACGACAGAGGGGAGCGUUUUCAAGAGUUUUUAAAAAAAAAAAAUUUAAAUAAAACAAAAGCUAACAAACUCUUAGCACUUUAACAUGGGUGUGUAGACUUACUCUAUCCACUGUACGCACAUAAUCACACAUGCAGCUCCGAUAUACGUACCAGCGUCAGCAGUCUGGUCACAUGCCACGAAAACUUAACAACUAAUCGUCUAUGUUUGAAAACUCGGGAAUCGUGUACAUAGAAAUUAGAUUUGGAAAAUGAAUAUUUUUCUUUCUAUGAAUAUUUUAUCAUCUUUUCUCAUUUCGGAGCUCUUUGUCCUGUGACGCCGCACAUGAAGAAAAAACAAAAAACGAGCGUAUGAAGCAUACAUAUGUUUAAAAAGCUGCCAUUGACGGUGAUAGACGUCAAUGGUCGUGAAUGAUUUAAGUAUGUCAAAAUCCCUGUUUUGAAAGCUUUACAAAAUAUUUGCUAUUUAACAAUAAUUUUGUCUUUUUUUUGCAGGUUAGACAAAAAAUAGUGACAAUCAAAUGGCGUAUUUAUUGUAGUAUAUUUCUCCAUUCUGUGUCUCCGAGAAAGUUUUGGCACUUUUCUGUCAAGCCAGAUUGCAUCCAGUUUAUGAUUUGUUCACUGUUACACCAAGUUGGUGGAUCCUGUUUUGUUGAAAGUGACAUCAUUGCAAAUGUUGUUUAAAUUCUCUUUUUUAAGAAAAAGCCUGACUGAGUGAUGUUUUUUCAGUUUUUUUGGUAUUAUGUCACGCGACACAAAGUGGAAUCAGUCAUGGAAAAAAUUAGGACACUCCACUAAAUAUUCAGCUCUUUAUUAAGAAAAGUAAGAAA